AUGAAGAAUCCUUCAGAAAUAUUUUCUAAACGUAUAACAUCGUUAAAACGUCGCGAUAAAGAUAUUGAAUAUGCUAUAAAGUAUGGUCGUUUCAUACUCAGAUCAAUUGGCAUUUGGCCUGAUAGGGAAAAUAAAAUUCAAAAAUAUAUUUCGAAUGUUAGUAUAAUUACGGGUAAUCUUGUAUUAAGUUUCGCUAUAAUACCUUGCGGUUUGCAUAUCAUUUACGAAGAAAAGGAUACUAAUUCGAAAUUAAAACUAUUCGGUCUUCUAAUAUUUUGCAUUUGUGUGAUGAUCAAAUAUUUUGCUUUAUCAAUGCGCCGAUCUGAUAUCGUUCGAUGUUUCGAAUGCUUAAAAACUGAUUGGUAUCAGGUAAAACAUCAAAUACAUCGUGAAUUAAUGUUAAAAUAUGCAAAGAUUGGAAGAAAUCUUACGAUGACCUGCGCAGUUUUCAUGUACACAGGAGGUGUUAUUUAUCAUACGAUAUUACCAUUUGUUAGUACACGUAUGAUAGAUGUAUCAAAUAAUACAUUAAAACCAUUGGUUUAUCCAAGCUACAGUGUACUUUACGACGUACAAAAAAGUCCUACUUACGAAUUUGUUUAUGUCGCACAUUUUAUGUGCGGAUACAUAAUUUAUUCUAUAGCAACCGGUGCUUGCAGUUUAGCAGCAAUUUUUGCAAUGCACAUUUGCGGACAAAUAGAAAUUUUAACAACAUUGAUAGACGAUUUUGUUGAUGGGAAAAAAUAUUAUUUUUCUAAUAAUUCUACUGGUCAACGAUUAGCUAUCAUUGUCGAACGACACCUACGUGUAUUACGAUUUGUUGCUAUUUUGGAAGAACUUCUGCAAGAAGUUUGUCUGAUCGAAUUCGCCGGUUCUACUUUUUUAAUAUGCUUAUUGGAAUACUACUGCAUCCUGGAUUGGGAAGAAAAUAAUAAGGUUGGUCUGUGCACGUAUUUUAUAUUUCUAAUUGCCACAAGUUUCAAUAUUUUUAUGUUGUGCUAUAUCGGAGAAUCUCUAACGAAUAAGACAAGUAAAGUUGGUGAACGAUGUUAUACAAUUGAAUGGUAUCGUUUAUCACCGAAAAUAACAUCAGGAUUAAUUUUAAUUAUUGCUAUAUCUAAUAAUCCAGCUAGGAUAACUGCUGGAAAAAUGGCUGAUUUAUCUUUACUUACUUUCAGCAAUAUACUAAAAACGUCGUUAGCAUACCUAAAUUUAUUACGAAAGCUGAUAAUAUAA